GAUUUGUGCAGGUUGCAAACUUCGCUCUUGUGAUGGCAGAACUGUGGCUGGGCUCUCUUCUCUGAGCCCAUGCCUCGCAAGACCAGCAGCAAGGACAAAGUUCAGCCCGAUGCUGGGCUGUUCGCGCUGCUGUUGAACACCACCACAAAGGAUGAGGGCGAAGAGUUCCUGGACUAUGCGUAUCCCUCGGAGCAUCCGGACCUGAAGGCCAUUCUGCCGAUGAAGGGUGUCCUCCUGGCCAGCUGCGGGGUCAUGAAGGCGGCGGUUGGUCAAGAGGUGAACUUUUUGCUCUUCAGGAGCCUCACUGGGCAGGAGUACAAGGUCUCCAUGAAGCGCUUGGAGCGCUGGAUCUUGUGCAUCGUGCUGCCAGCUGCCACCACGGACGCCUGCGCGCGGCAGCUCGUAGACGAGGCCUUGGCGCUAGUUCUGCUGCGCUUUGGCCGGCUGCAGAGUGCGGACUUCAGGCAGCUGGAGCCCAUCUUCAAGGCGAUGUCCUCCGUGUUGGCCAGCCACUCCCUGUAUUCGUGCUCGGGCCAGCUGCAGUGGCACCCGCUGGCAGAGGACUGGAAACAGGUGGUGGAAGUCCACAUCUCCAAGUGGGAGCAGGGAUGGCAGGAGUCCGCGCCCAGCCCGGCGCUGGCGGUGCCGCAGGGCUUUGCGCUGCUGCUGGAGCAGCAGGUCAUGGCCACCAGCUUGAACGACGAGGCCUUCUCCGCCUGUGCGCGGCUGCUUGCCUUGGAGGGCGAAGCAAAGCCAGCCAGCGAUGAUUUGGAUGUGAGGUGUCACUCGCUCUUCCUGACGCUUUCGCCAGGAGGAAUGGAGCCUUUGCCCUCGCACCAGUACAGCCUCUUGCAGAGAGGCCCAUGGCUGUUCUUCGUCCUUUGGAACAUGUCCGACACAGUUGGAACUUCUCAGACACCGCGGGUAGCAGCAGACCCCUUUGGCAUCGACAUUUCCCUAGAGCUCCUCACAACUCUUCCGCUGCCGCCGGGGCAUACUGCUGCGGAGCGCCAGCCAGGUUUGUCUCCGAGCUUCAACCCUCCAUCCAGGUCAGGCCACGACAAAAGGAGGAGUAGCUUUGGCCUGCCGUGCCUCUUCAAGACUCGGACAAAGUCCGCCGAGCAUCUUGACGACAAGGAGGUAGAGAAGGUGUGCCGCCCGCAGAACUUCUGCCACGCGCUGGAACUUCGGGGCGAAGACCCGAGGCCUCCCGGCAGCUUCUCAACUUUGCAGGAGCCCCGCCGAAUCUCGGGCGCCAGCAUACCUCAGGGCGUGCGAUGUCCAGUUCUUGGACAGCGACUUCAGAGCCAGAGGCCCUCUGAGUGGGGAUCGGCGGAGCUGGCCGACUUUCCAAUGGCCGACUUGGACUGGCUUUGGCGCUGCUAUGCGGCAAGGAGGGCUGCCUGGCGAGAGGGGCCUGGAGCAGUGAAGAGGCACAUCCUCGUGGACAUUCUUCGCGGGGAUCAUGCUCUUGACAAGCUCUGGAAGGAAUGCCUUGAAGGCUCGGAUCUGGGCAAAGACUUGGAGCAAGAGGUUCGGGGCAAGAAGACCGAGGCAACCUUGCUGGGAAGUGGAGAACCUUGGCGGUUCCAGGAUGGGGCGCCCUACCGCACAUCAGAUCUGACUGCGCUGGUCAGCGUAGGUGUCUUGCAGCACCUCCGUGGCAAACGGGCCUGGCUUUGUGGCACAGUUUGCGGCUCGGUGGCGCCGGCUGCAGCGAGGUGGGACUUUGAGACACUGGACAAGAUCUUGGUGCUUCGCCUGCCGUCAUGGGCACGCCAGGGCAUCGAGUGUUCCUCGCAGCGGAAGAACCGUAGCCAUGCCAAAGUGCAUCGCUGAGGAACAUUGGACGUGCUUCGCAAAAUGAC